AUGGCUGCUUUCAAUGGAGAAUCCGCCGCCGACGACUUCCUGCAGCGGGCUUAUACCCGCAUCAGGUCUUCGGUGACAGCUUCAACUACAGAUGCCGCUGAACCUGCCGUCUUGCCCAAACCCGAACGGCUCGAGGCAGGCCGGGCCUCCUUACCUCAGCCAGACGAUGUGCGCUAUCUCUCUGGACGGGGCGACGAGGCCACCUUGGAUCACCUGCUCAACGACAUAGUCCCUGCGCUAAACGGCCAAAAUCUCUCAGGUAGGUACUAUGGCUUCGUGACGGGUUCGACGCUUCCAAUCGCCGAGGUCGCCGACAACAUUGUGACGGCCUAUGACCAGAAUGUUCAAGUCCAUUUGCCGACCCAGACCAUUGCAACCGAGGUCGAGGACGCGGCGCUGAGGAUGCUGGUUGCUCUCCUCGACCUAGGAGACGCUGCGGACUGGGAAGGCCGGACUCUGACUACUGGCGCCACGGCCAGCAACACUCUAGGUCUUGGCUGUGGCAGGGAAGCUGUGGUCCAGGCAAAGCUGAGACCACAGGGUACUGUCGAUGGCGUGGGAGAGCUCGGCUUGCUUGCCGCUUGUGCCCAGGCGGGGAUCAGGCAUGUGCAGGUCUUGACGAGCAUGGGCCAUAGCUCGCUCUACAAGGCGGCAUCCAUUGUCGGGCUGGGCAGGUUCUCAGUAAAGGAGCUGCCGCACAGUGAGGAUGAGCCCUGGCGGCUCGACCUCCAUGCUGUCGAGCGCGAGCUGCGGCGCGAAGGCAUUGCGAGCAUCAUUGCCCUGAGCGCCGGCGAGGUCAACACGGGCCGCUUCGCCACCACGGGCCUCGAGGACAUGCGCCGGCUCCGCGAACUGGCGGAUCGCCACGGCUCCUGGAUUCACGUCGACGGAGCCUUUGGCAUCUUUGCGCGGUGCCUGCCCGCGACGCCCGAGUUUGCCCGGCUGCGUGCCUAUGCUGCCGGGAUUGAGCUUGCCGAUAGCAUCACUGUCGACGGACACAAACUGCUCAACGUGCCGUACGACUGCGGCAUGUUCCUUACCCGCAAGGCGUCCGUCUUGACCAGCGUCUGCAAAAACCCAAACGCCGCCUACCUGUCUUCGGCCCCUGGCGCCACCAUCGAGAGCCCCCUCAACGUCGACCUGCAAAACUCGCGCCGGUUCCGUGCUCUGCCCGUCUACGCCGUUUUGCUCAGCGAGGGCCGCGAAGGGUUGGCGGCGAUCCUGGCGCGCAUGGUACGGCUGGCUCGUGGCGUGGCCGAGGCUAUCAAUGCCAGCUCUGAUUAUGUCUUGUUGCCGCACGGCAACUGCGCCAUCGAGGACACGCACAUUGUCGUCCUCUUCCGGGCCAAGGACGAGGCGCUCAAUGAGAAGCUUGUCGGCUCUAUCCACAAGAGAGGUGAAUGGUACGUCAGCGGCACCAAAUGGAAGGGCGCGACGGCUGUGCGAGUGGCCGUCUCGAGCUGGCGGGUUCGUGUCGACGAGGACCUGGAAGCGAUCAAGGGUUUCCUGGCUCGUUUGGCCGACGAACAUAAAAGCACGUAG